UAAGAAUAAAUCCUCAAAAGAAACUAACACGGAGUAGAGGCCAAAUCCAAGACCGGACUAGUCUAUCUAGGCUGCUCAUUUGCCUUCUACGAUGAAAUUCUCAUCCAACCCACUCGCUCUAAGCAUCCCGGACGCUGCCUUCGAGUCAUGGCUCCGCGACUCCGGCUACCUCGAAAUCCUCGACCACCACUCCUCCUCCACUACCACAACCACCACCACCACCACGGCCGCCGCCUCCUCUAACACUCCUACCACUGCCUCAAUAACUGGUGGCUUUUUUGUUUCUCUGUUUUCCCGUAUCCUUACUCUUCUCUCUCUCUUUACUCUGAAUCCACUCUCUAAGCUCACCACCGAUGAUUUCUCCGGUCAAACCCCCUGCUGGACCCGCGCUUUUUUCGGCGACUGCGGGUCCUACUCCUUCCCUUCCGGUAAUGACCAGGCCAGACUCCGGGUUCAUGAGAAUGUUAAGCGUUAUGCCAGAAACUACGCCUCUCUCUUUAUCCUCUUCUGUGCUUGUACUCUGUAUCAAAUGCCACUUGCUCUCAUAGGAUUGAUAUCAAGUUUGGCACUUUGGGAUAUUUUCAAGUUCUGCAGUGAUAGAUGGGGAUUGGAUCUAUACCCUGCAAUUAGGCAGGUUUUGGUUCGCACUGCUCAGUGUGCUACUGUAGUUAUUCUUGUUUGUUUAAAUGUUCAAAUGGCUCUCUUCUAUGCCCUUGGUGUCAGCUAUGCAGUUGAACGUUAUCUCUGUAUUCCUUUGUAGUUAUGAUUUUGCAUGCCUCUUUUCGGAAGCUGACUCCGGCAGAGCAACCUUCUAGGCGGAGAUAAAAUGGGAAGUUUUUGCAAAAUAGGCAAAGAGACUAUUGGUAAUUCGGCAUUAAUUUGGGGAAUUUUUUUAGCUGCAAGUGAUCAACAGGUUCUGUCCAUUCUGACAUCAAAGGUGUGUUAAUCUUGCAGAUGGCAGUGGCCACUGGCCAGUAAAGCUAGGUGCCUUCAGGUGGGAACAAUCUUUAUAGUUCCAAGCUCAAUUGUAGUGUGAAAUUACAAAUUUUUUACUUCUUUUUUUUUUUUUUUUUUUAAUCCUUUUAGUCUCAGUUGUGGGGGAAAACCUUGGAAACUUACAGUUGUACAUUAUUGUAAGAUAGCAUCGUAAGUGGGUACUGGGCAAAGUAUGUACUUAUGGAUUUCAUUAUUUCAAAAUUGUUCACUUUCAUUUUGAGACAA